CACUUUCCAACCAGUGCAGUACUGUUCAAAUUGAUGGCGUGACCUGGUUUCGCCGAAGUUAUUUUCGUCUGAAUUAUGUGCAAUUUCCGCGCGAACAGCUAAAUGCUGCGCAUUAGAUAGGCAGGGAAUAUCUACCAGUAUUUGAUUUGACAUUUGUAACAGCUGCUCAGGUAGCGCUCCAAAAAUUCGAUCCCGGAGAAAAUGGCUUUGAAUAAUCAGGACGAUGCUUUAAAGGAAUGGGACGAGCAAAAGAACAUCUUCUUAAAAGCCGCGGAGCAUGUUCAAGCCCACGUCGGAAACCUGGCUAAUGAUCAACUGCUCUACCUUUAUGCCAGGUACAAACAGGUCCUAGACGGCCCAUGCAGGCUACCAAGGCCAGCUUCUACGACUUUAAGGGCCGCCAGAAAUGGGAUGUGGAAUCGGUUAGGUGAAAUGACAGCUACCAACAGCAAGGGAUGAUACGUGGCUUUUGUCUCUCGUCUCUUCCCCGAUUGGAGGCCUGAGGAAAAAAAGAGUAGCACAAAGUCAAUGCUAGGAGCUGUGGUGAGCCGGCCUUGUUGGGAACCUAGUGUAGACCCCGAGAAUAAGGAUGCAUUUGACUGGACAAAGGAAGGAUGCCUGGAGAGGCUUGCAGAGUGCCUAAACACAUUGUCAGUCCAUGAGCGCGAUGAACAGGGUAUGUGUAUGCUACACUGGGCAUGUGAUCGUGGCCAUUUGGAGAUUGUCGAGUUGCUUUUGGACAAAGGUGCUGAUCCUGAAGCCAAGGAUGAAGAAGGCCAGACACCGUUGCAUUAUGCAUCCUCAUGCGGACAUUUGCAAGUAGCUGAACUGCUGCUCAAACGAGGUGCCGAAAAAGACACUAAAGAUAUGGAUGGGCAGACUCCUGCUGAAGUGGCCCUCAACCCUGAGCUAGAGGCCCUUCUCUCACCCUCCUGACCAUCUUCUCCUGAACAGAAGCCUCCAACACAUGUUGAUGUAGCUACAUAGGACUUCUCCACCUGACCUCGUGCUGCUAACAUGUCUGUAUAGGUUGUUAGCAGUGUUGGAGAAAAUAAUUUUAGGGUGUACUGCAAAAAUAUACUGAAUGAUUAAUAAAGCAGCACAUACAAGACACUGUUUCUUAAUAAACACCGAAAAGCUCUAA